AUGUCUUUCCUCACUGAAGCUGCUGCCCGCCGAUUGGCAUCUGUCCCCCGUGCUGUCGCCACCUCAGGCUUCACCACCACCGUCCCGCGAGCUUCAUUCACCACCUCCAUCCAGCUGCAGAAGACUGCCACCGAGACGGUAAAGGAUAGUCUGAAGACAGUAGACCGCGCUGUCAGCGACAAGCUCGUCGAUGGCAUCAACAUCACUACAAACGCCGCGAGCAAGGUCAAGGAGGCUGCUGGAGAAGCCUCUUCCGGCAAGGUCACAGGCCAGGCUGCCGAGCUCCGAGGUGAGGCAUCCGGAAAGGCUAGUGAGCUAAAGGGCGAGGCCAAGGGCAAGGCACACGAGGUCGCCGGCAAGGCAAAAGGUGCCGCAGAGGAAGCCAAGCAGAAGAUCUAG